GACACAUUGAAGAAAUUCUUGGGCCUGACAACGUAGCCCUGGCUGUCUUGGAAUUGGCUUAUCACUUCUAAUUUGAUGUCGAGGAUAAUUACUUCCUUUCCUUUUGGCACUACGGGUGACAAUGGCAUCCAGGGGCCUUUCCUCAGGCAUUUCCACCUUUGAAACGUAGACAUAGCAGCCUCCGUGGUUUUAGAAUGUUGUCGUUACCCUGAAGAACUCGGGUGCAGCAGAUACCCACGAAGGAGCACGACAGGCGUUGUCCAGCCCCACUGUCCAGAAACUGGUUCUUUCUGCACUGCCAGGAGCCAGACGCGCCUCCCUAGUUUCGAGCCCACAUUUCUGGUCAGCAGAACUGCAGGCGACGUAAAACUGACGUGGAUGCAUAUACCAACCAGCUAACCAAUCAAAACUAAACAAAGGUCUCUGAGGGGUAACAAUCACGCAAGACGUGUACCAAACAGUUCCUUUGUUCACGAGAGGUCGAAGCACGUCUAGGCUAGAUGAGAAAUACCGGGAAACACCUCUAACCCGUACACCCACGGAAGGAGCAGGUGCUAAGAGUUCAGUCAGGUGACCCGCCCAAACCAUUGGUGUCACUGACAAUGACACAUUUAAAAUACGUCUAAAUGCCUUCGGUGCCUAGGUCAAGCUGCCUGCGGGUCACCGGUCAUCAGCCAUCAGGCCGCGCAAAGCGACACUCCUGGUCAGGAUCUUAGAAAGUAAGGCUGCGAAUUGGCUCCCUAGAAAGAGGGUCCGAGCCAAUGCUGUGGCCUGCUGCGCACGCGCGCGCACCGGGGCGUGGCGCACUAUGACCCGUCUGCUGCGCGUGCGCGCGCCUAGGCGGCGCGAGGUGAGGGCGGGGGGAUGUUACUCCGGCUGGUGGGGGCGGCGGGCACUCGGGCCCUGCCCUGGCGUUUUUCCAAGUUGUGGCGAUGUGGCGGCUGCGCAGGAAGCGGCGUAGCGGUCUGGAGCAGCGUGAGGGUCGGUGGCAUUGCUCGGCAGUGUCAUCAGGGGAUACGCUUGCAGCAGCAGUCUCUGCAGGGAAGACUGACUUCAUUCCCCCCAAGGCUGUGUUCAAAACCCCCCAAAGGGUUUGAGAAAUAUUUUAAGAAUAAGAAGAAUGGAAGAAGUACAGACCCAGGAAAUUCAGUAACUCCAAAAACAGAACCAAAGAACGCUGGGCCUGGAGGAGAUGGAGGCAAGAGAGGAGGGAAUCGAGAUGACUUUGCCUGGUGGAGACGGAUGCAGAAGGGAGAGUUUCCUUGGGAUGACAAGGAUUUCCGGAGUCUGGCUGUUUUGGGGGCAGGCGUGGCUGCAGGAUUUUUAUAUUUCUAUUUCCGAAAUCCUGGAAAAGAGAUCACCUGGAAGCACUUUGUACAGUAUUACCUAGCCAGAGGUCUGGUGGAGCGGCUGGAGGUUGUGAACAAGCAGUUUGUUCGAGUUAUUCCUGUUCCUGGGACGACAUCCGAGAAGUUCGUGUGGUUUAACAUUGGUAGUGUUGACACCUUUGAGCGGAACCUCGAGUCUGCUCAGUGGGAGCUGGGGAUUGAGCCCACCAACCAGGCUGCAGUAGUCUAUACUACCGAGAGUGAUGGCUCUCUUCUCCGGAGCCUGGUACCCACCCUGGCCCUGGUUAGCAUCCUCCUCUAUACUAUGAGGAGGGGUCCAAUGGGGACUGGUCGUGGUGGCCGAGGAGGAGGCCUCUUCAGUGUUGGUGAGACAACAGCCAAGAUCUUAAAAAACAACAUUGAAGUGCGAUUCGCAGAUGUGGCUGGCUGCGAAGAGGCCAAAUUGGAAAUUAUGGAGUUUGUGAAUUUCCUGAAGAACCCAAAGCAAUAUCAGGACUUAGGAGCCAAAAUUCCAAAGGGAGCAAUGCUCACUGGCCCACCUGGAACUGGCAAAACACUUCUUGCAAAAGCAACUGCUGGGGAGGCCAAUGUGCCCUUCAUCACUGUGAAUGGGUCGGAGUUCCUGGAAAUGUUUGUUGGUGUUGGGCCGGCACGGGUUCGUGACAUGUUUGCGAUGGCCCGAAAAAAUGCUCCUUGUAUUUUAUUCAUUGAUGAGAUUGAUGCUAUUGGCAGGAAGCGAGGCCGGGGUCACCUGGGAGGCCAGAGUGAGCAGGAGAACACUUUAAACCAGAUGCUCGUGGAGAUGGAUGGGUUCAACUCUGCCACUAAUGUGGUAGUGCUAGCUGGCACCAAUCGCCCUGAUAUCCUUGACCCAGCCCUAACACGGCCUGGCCGGUUUGACCGCCAGAUCUACAUUGGUCCCCCUGAUAUCAAAGGCAGGUCCUCUAUUUUCAAGGUCCACUUGCGUCCACUCAAGCUAGACCAACGCCUCACCAAAGAUGCUCUUUCGAGGAAACUAGCGGCUCUCACUCCGGGCUUCACUGGUGCUGAUAUUUCUAAUGUGUGCAAUGAAGCAGCACUGAUUGCUGCCCGCCAUCUUAGCUCUUCUGUCCAGGAGCGGCACUUUGAGCAAGCCAUCGAGAGGGUCAUUGGAGGCCUUGAGAAGAAGACCCAGGUCCUACAACCCAGUGAAAAGACAACUGUAGCCUACCAUGAGGCUGGGCAUGCAGUGGUGGGCUGGUUCUUGGAACAUGCAGAUCCUCUGCUGAAGGUGUCCAUCAUACCUCGGGGCAAGGGGCUUGGCUACGCCCAGUACCUUCCCCGUGAGCAGUACCUCUACACACGGGAGCAGCUCUUCGAUCGCAUGUGUAUGAUGCUGGGGGGUAGGGUGGCUGAGCAGCUGUUCUUUGGUCAGAUCACUACAGGGGCUCAGGAUGAUCUGAGGAAGGUCACCCAGAGUGCCUAUGCCCAGAUUGUGCAGUUUGGAAUGAGUGAGAAGCUAGGCCAGGUGUCCUUUGACCUCCCUAGACAAGGAGAAACCAUGGUGGAAAAGCCAUACAGUGAAGCAACUGCCCAGCUCAUUGACGAGGAAGUCCGGUGCCUUGUCAGGUCUGCCUAUGAUCGGACCCUGGAGCUGCUCACACAGUGCCGGGAGCAGGUAGAGAAGGUGAGCAGGCGACUCCUGGAGAAAGAAGUGCUGGAGAAGGCCGACAUGAUAGAGCUCCUGGGCCCUCGGCCCUUUGCAGAGAAGUCCACCUAUGAGGAAUUUGUAGAGGGCACCGGCAGCCUAGAGGAGGACACAGACCUUCCUGAGGGGCUGAAAGACUGGAAUCAGGGACGGGAGGAAGGAGGCACUGAACGGUGCUUACAGGAGAGCCCUGCAUAGCUGUGGCCUGUGGGUGGCCACUGUGACCACUGUUGACUGGGAGCUGCUCAGCCUGUGCGGAGCAGCUGUCAGAGUAACUGGAAAACAAAUUAAAACAGGGACAACUGCAAACAGAUGUUUUAGGUGAGACCAUUCAGAAUCCACAGAAGAGGGAGCUGGGACUUGGCAGCAUCCAGCAAGGUAAUAGCUGAGGGAUCAGAGGUGAUAAGACCAUUCAGAAUCCACAGAAGAGGGAGCUGGGACUUGGCAGCAUCCAGCAAGGUAAUAGCUGAGGGAUCAGAGGUGAUAAGACCAUUCAGAAUCCACAGAAGAGGGAGCUGGGACUUGGCAGCAUCCAGCAAGGUAAUAGCUGAGGGAUCAGAGGUGUAGCCUGAGGCCCCGGCCCUGAACCUAGAGGUCUGUCAGUUCAGAUAAGAGAGGGAGUUGGACGCUGGCUUCUAUGAAGCCAUGAGUGUGUGUUGUCUUUUUGGGGAUUCUGUGUGUAGGACCAUUAGGAGCUAUAUCACACUUCCAGUGGACACAGAACUGAUGGAGUUUCCAAGUGUGCUGUAGCCUUAUAGCUGCCUCUGAGGUGAUUGCUCAGAGGAUGAAUGUUGAACCAACACAGAUGAAGUUAGGUGAAGAAUUAAUGAAAAAUGUAAACCAGUUAUCAAGGGAAGGCUAGCUUCUUAAGCUGAUCAGCCCUUAGGAAAGAAAGCCAGCACACCUGCAGCUCUCUGGCUAAGGAGAGAAGUGUGGCCAUUCCUGGCCUUGGUGGCAUCAUCAGAAAUUUUAUCAGUCAGACCUGGAGCCUAGCCUUGGGAAUUGUCUGCUUCACUGGUGGAGUGUCAGAUUUAAUUCCAUUUUACAGCAAUCCUCUCUCCGGUACCAUACCCCCCUUUCUUUUUUUGAAUCUCUAAAAGGGUUGUUUUGGGCUGAGCCCUCUGUCUCUGGUGCCUAUUUAUCAACCAUUUGGUUGUAGGACAGCUCUUGAGUAAAGGAAGGGCUUUGUGAGUCCAAGCCUCCUGGGGCUAAAAGAAGCAUCUUUUUCCUGUUGAUCCUGGGGUGUGGUGAGGCCUGCACUCAGACCUCAGUGCUUGGGGUCCUGGAGUUCCAUGAGAAUGUUCUUGCAUACCUCCUCCAGGACUCCCUGGGAGCACCAUCAGCUGCAUCAGCCCACUCUUCAAGUCUGCUCAUGGCCUGGGGAGGAAUCCAUUGGCUCCCUUGACUUUUUAAAGGUUUUUGUAUGUGUGCCUACAGGUGUUCAUGUGUGUACAUGUGUGCAUAUGAUUAUGUGGAGGCCAGAGGUUGGCAUGGUAUGUUUCCCUCGAUUGCUUUCUAUCUUGAUUUUUUUUCCAUUUAUUUAGUUGUGUUGGUGUCUGCACAUGCAUGUACACAAACACAUAUGCACCAUGGUAUACGUGUGUAGGUCAGAGGACAACUUGUGAGAGUCGGUCUCUCCUUCUACUGUGUGGGUUCCAACAGUCAUUAAGCUUGGCAGAAAGUGCCUUUACCCACUGAGCCAUCUUGCCAGCCAAUCUGCCUUGUUUUUUGAGAUGGGGUCUCUUACUGAAUCUGUCUAGAUUUGCAGGCCAGCAAGCUCUAGGGAUCCUCCUGUCUCUGCCUCCCGGUGCUGGGAUUACAGGCAUGCAUUUGUACCAGCAGCUCUAGGGAUCCUCCGGUCUCUGCCUCCUGGUGCUGGGAUUACAGGUGUGCAUUUGUACCAGCAGCUCUAGGGAUCCUCUGGUCUCUGCCUCCCGGUGCUGGGAUUACAGGUGUGCAUUUGUACCAGCAGCUCUAGGGAUCCUCCGGUCUCUGCCUCCCGGUGCUGGGAUUACAGGUGUGCAUUUGUACCAGCAGCUCUAGGGAUCCUCCGGUCUCCGCCUCCCGGUGCUGGGAUUACAGGCGUGCAUUUGUGUCUGGCUUUGAUGUGGAUGAUGGGGAACUGUACUUAGAUUUUCAUACUUGUGCAGCUGAACUCUCUCCAGCCCUUUAACUGAUGUUGAUGGGCUUCCUGGGUGACUAGUCAGGAGAGUGGAGACCUGCUCUCUGCCUCUUAAACCUUUUUAUCCUUCAUUUUUCUUUGGGGCCUGGUUAAAGAGCAGACACACUGGGUGUACAUAAUAUGGUACAUUUUCUAAAUUGUAUUUUCCUCAGAAAUUUUAUCAGGGGACAGAUACUUUCCACUUUUGCUGUUUGUAAAAUGUACUUUAUUAAAUUUUAAAAAAUGUU